CAUGUUUGCGGAAGCUCCGUUACAGCAGCUAGCUAAAGACUCGUAACUGGUUGCUGUUACAUUACACGCUGUGUUUAAAUACCCAUCAUGAACCUACCUAAAGGACCAGACUCAUUGUGCUUUGAUAAAGACGUUUUUAUGAAGGAUGAUUUCGAUGUGGAUCAGUUUGUGGCGGAGUGUCGGAAGCAGGUCCAGCUGGAGGAGAUGAGAGAAGACCUGGAGCUCUACUAUAAGCUGCUGAAAACGGCCAUGGUGGAGCUCAUCAAUAAGGACUAUGCCGACUUUGUGAACCUCUCCACCAACCUGGUGGGGAUGGACAAAGCCCUUAAUCAGCUUUCUGUACCACUUGGACAGUUAAAGGAGGAAGUUAUGAGUCUACGGUCCUGUGUGAGUGAGGUGAUUGAAGCAAUAGACAGCCAGCUUUCCAAACAGGAAGACCUACAGAAAAAGAAGGUGUGUGUUUUGAGGCUGAUUCAGGUGGUGCGGUCAGUAGAGAAGAUUGAGAAGAUCUUACACUCACAGAACUCAAAAGAGUCCAACUCUCUGGAAAUCAGCAGUCCCCUUUUAGCAGGACAGAUCCUGGAGAGGAUUGCGACAGAAUUCAACCAGCUGCAGUUUCACGCUGUGCAGAGUAAAGGCAUGCCUCUACUGGACAAAGUCAGACCUCGUAUUGCAGGGAUCACCUCCAUGCUGCAGCAGUCUCUGGAGGGUUUGCUGAUUGAGGGUCUGCAAACAUCCAAUGUGGACAUGGUGCGUCAUUGCCUGAGGACGUACGCCACCAUAGACAAGACUCGAGAUGCUGAGGCCCUAGUAGGACAAGUGCUUGUCAAGCCAUACAUGGACCAGGUGAUAAUAGAAGAAGUAGUGAAGUCCAAUCCAAAUGGGCUCCAGCUGAUGUACACGAGACUGUUGGAAUUUGUUCCUCAUCACUGCCGACUGCUUAGAGAGGUCACAGGUGGAGCUAUAUCAAGUGACAAAGUCGACAUAGUGCCAGGUUAUGAUUUCCUGGUGAACUCUGUGUGGCCUGAGAUAAUCAAAGGGAUUGAAGAGAGGUUGGCCUACCUCUUCAACCCUGGAAACCCUGACAUAUUCUAUGAGCGUUACAGUGCAAGCAUGGAUUUUGUUUGGAAGUUUGAGCGUCAGUGCAGCUCACAGGCCAGUGUGAAGAGACUGAGGGCUCACCCCUCAUAUACAAGCUUCCACAACAAAUGGAACCUGCCUGUCUACUUUCAACUACGGUACAAGGAAAUAGCAGGAAGUUUGGAGAACGCCAUAAGUGAUGGACUAGGGGCAGCACCAGCUGGUAGUGCCUACCACCUGCAGGUGUCUGAGGUGUUGUGGUCCUGCCUGGUGAGAUGUUGGUCAGACAAAAUCUAUCUGUCACCUCUGGCCCACCGGUUCUGGAAGCUCACGCUGCAGCUGUACUCACGUUAUGCCAAGUUUCUUGAUGAGGUUUUGACAAAGACUCCUACUCCUGAGGUGACCAAAGAGCCAACCAGGCCUCUGCCAAGCUCAGCCUCCUCCACCUCCAGUCGGACAUCAUUAGAGGAGGGUGGCAGUGAGAGUGGAAGUCCUGCCUCACUGUCGACCAAACAGCUUGUCUACAUCGCAGCUGAUGUCCAGAAGCUGCAGGAGCAGAUCCCAGAGCUGUCAGAGAUGGUCAGACAGAGAUUGGAAGCAAACGGAUUCAAAAACUUUGCUGUCGUUGAAGAUGCUCUUUCGGACUCAAAGGCUUGCCUGUCAAGUAGCAUUCCCACUCUGAACACCAAGAUGACCCAGCAUCUCACUGAGCGCAGUUGUCGCUUCCUGAAGAGUGCCUCUGAGGUUCCUCGACUUUAUCGCAGAACUAAUAAGGAUGUGCCGGUGCGUGCCUCAGCCUACAUGGACAAUGCCUUACGCCCGUUACACCAGCUGCUGACUGAUUCCACAGGCCUGGUUACCCCUGGCACUGCACAGGAGUGGCUGAGAGUUACACUGUCUGAGUGCACACAGAGGUACUAUGAGACAAUCUCUGAGGUGCUAAGCUCAGUGAGGAAAAUGGAAGAAAGUCUGAUGCGACUGAAGAAAGCGAGAAAGGGUGCAAGCACAACUACAACAGCAGGAGCAAAUGGUGGACCCACAGACGAUGGCAAGAUUCGACUUCAGCUGGCACUGGAUGUGGAAUACCUCGGAGAACAGAUCCAGAAGAUGGGACUUCAACCAGGUGACAUCACCAUGUUCUCCACUCUCAUGGAUCUUGUAAAAGAGGCCCGAGAGCUUGCUGAACAGAACCAGUGAAAGUUUUAAUGAUGACUGAUAUCAGUGCACAUGUUGCACUCAUCCCUGCAUUUUCUGAAGACUUGAGAGGGAAACUGAAAGAUGUGGUGACAGGUAAUAAUAAACUAGCUGAGAGAAUUUUAGGACAAGGAGUGACACUACUGAGAUUUGUUUUCAUCACUGACAUUAAGGCACAAAUAAGUCAGCAACAGGAACUUCCUAUAAGUUGAUGUGUGAGACUGGAUGUUCAGUACUCCUACUGUUGGCAUGUUAACAGAUGGGACUUAAAGGUACCUCCAAAUUGUUUUCUUUUUUAAACUAAAUGACUGAUACCGGCUGCUUAUAGUAUACUUUACUUAUAGAAUAUUACUGUAUUGAUCAUAUAUAAGGGAUAUAAACUCAAAUCUCUAUGAGAGAGAGAGAAUGUGAAUGUCUGCUUGGUGAAGGAUUUAUCAAAAAAAGAGAAUCUUGUUAAUAUGUAAAAAUUGAGUUUGUAUAUUAUAAAUUCUUUAACAUAUUCAAUAACUUGGGAAUAAAAUGAAGAACUUUG